CGGGAUCUAGGCGCUGCGGCCCAUCGAUCGGCCACCAGCGCCCAAUUAUCUGUUAUCUUGAGUAGUGCGCUGGGAUUGAGGUAACGCGAGAGAGCCUUGUUUACGUCAGUCUGGCCUGCAUAAUGCAAGGAUCAGAAACGCCUCAUACAUACAAGAUCCAAUCUUGUCAGACAGGCCAUUGACAGACAAGGGUACAGAGCAAGGGAUAGCAAUACUCGGCCCUGCAUCAUGAAAAGACUCCCGCCCUGGUGCUUUUAGUGAAAGGGCCUUCGCCCACAAAGACGAACGUCAUCGACGGUAUAGCUAAACAGGUGUAGGAUCUGGCCUAACCUACUAGCAACGCCACUUGCCUGUACCAACCUUUGUCUCCACGUCAUUAGAAACCGACACCAACUAAGUAUAGUGGCUUGGAAGUCUUGUAGGACGAUAAACCAUACCCAUAUCCCCUCACGAUAACACAGAGCCUGCUAUAACCGAACAGUCUAGGUGACGUGUCUAUAGAACUCGGCUGCAUAGACUAGCCUCGAAGUUAGAAAUCGCCGAGAGCUUGGUGGCCAGCUGAAAUGGAUGAACUAUACGAGAGCAAUAAGAUCAUAGCUCGAGAAGUGGAUCAUGGCACAAGCAAAACCAGACAGCUUAGUGCUGCUCCAGCUUGUUUCAAAGACUCCCUUUGGGAGCUAAGAGCACAGCCAUGAAUGUUCGCAUGCUUUACCUCUCUAGGAAACGUACUAAGUCGAGCUCAUAGGCCGAUAGAAAACUGAGGAAGGUUUUCAAAGACGAUGGCUGUUCUUCUUGCUUAAUUUUGCACCGAAUAUCUUGCCCUUCCUUUCUUCUGCCUAAAGCAAUACUCCCGUUUUCGAUAUUGGCGAAUAAAAGCAUAGCAGCACCACAAGCUUCUAAAGACCAGCCGAAGAGAAGCAGAAAUCAAGCCUGGCUCCCACGAAAGUGCAAAAAUGGGGUUUCCACUCGCUGGAGUAACGCUCUCGGCGCUUACUGGGGCUUUUUUGACUGUCUUUGUCCAAGAAAGCAGCUCACGAGUGUUGUUCUGGGCUUCUUUUGCGAGUAUUUGGGUCCUUCUUCUAGUCUUUUAUUGCGUGUAUCGCGUUACCAUCUAUCCUCAUUACGUAUCACCACUACGCCAUGUCCCCACGGCUCCUGGUGCUCACUGGCUAUACGGCCACGGCAGAGAGAUUGAUGCCGCGCAUCUGGGCAUGCCCAUGAGACAAUGGGUACGGGAUGUCCCUAACGACGGACUCAUCCGGUACUUUGGAUACUUUAAUCAGGAACGCAUCAUCGUCAACGGCCCAAAAGCUCUCUCCGAAUUGCUUGUUACAAAACCAACCGAAUUCGUGCGUAGCCAAAACUUGACACAUACCUUUGGCCGCAUCCUCGGACGUGGCCUUAUUCUAUCCCAUGGCGAGGAACACAGAACUCACCGUCGCAUCCUGAUGCCGGCUUUCAGCUUCGGCCAUGUAAAGGAUCUGUAUCCCACCUUCUGGGCCAAGGCAGCCGAGUCAGCUGAGGACAUGAUCAAAGCGUGUGGCAAAAAAGGUGAGAGUGUCUUGACCCUAGACUCCAUUGCUAGCCGAACAACGCUCGAUCUCAUCUUCCUGGCCGGUAUGGGCGUGGACUUUGGCGCUAUCCAGAACCCUAAUUCGAAGCUACUUUCAACUUACAACUCACUCAUUAUCCCACAUGAGCAUGACAAAACUCUCAGUUUCAUCGCUCGCUUCUUGCCUGCCCGUUGGAUUGUCAAGAUUCCUCUGCCUCGCACCCGCUAUGUCGACCAGUCGAGCAGCUACAUCCGCUCGGUUUGCAGUAACCUCAUCGAGACUCGCAAGAAGCAGAUUGCUGAAAAGAAGGAGCUCGGCAAAGACAUCUUGACGCUCGUAUUGCAAAGCAAAGAGGAAAUGAGUCAAGAGGUCAUGGAAAACCAACUGAUGACAUUUUUGCUUGCUGGCCACGAGACGACUUCAUCUGCCCUGAUCUGGGCGGUGUAUCUGCUUGCCCGUCACCAGGGCAUGCAGAAGCGCCUCCGCGACGAGGUUCGAGCAGUCUUGCCUUCUGUCACCUCUGGAGAUCCCAUUAUUGCCGCCAGGGUGAACCAGAUGCCGUACCUUCAAGCGUUUUGCAACGAGACGCUACGCUACUUCUCGCCGAUACCCAUGAUAACGCGUAACGCGCUGAUCGACUCUUCGUUGCAGGGCCAGCGCAUCCCAAAGGGGACUGUUGUGAUAUUUGUGCCUUGGGCAACCAAUUUUGAUCCCAGCGCUUGGGAGGGCGAUGCCGAUGCAUUUGAUCCAGAGAGAUGGCUUACACCUGCUGCGGACGAUACCCAGCGCGUGGGCAACGGUGGUGCUAGGACCAACUUUUCCUCACUGACGUUUGGCCACGGACCUCGAGACUGUAUUGGCAAAGGCUUUGCAAAGGGCGAAUUUGCUACUAUCCUCGCUGGCUGGGUAAGCAGAUUGAGCUUUGAUCUGGUUAACCCUGAGCAGGCCGACGAAGCCAAGCUGGUAGUGAACCGUGCCGUUUCUGUGCGGCCAGUAGAGAGCAAACUGCGGGUAACAGUUCUUCCAGAGUAUUAAACGGUGUUCUUGUUAUUAUAAACUAAGAAUCAUGGACUCUUUUACAUUUUGAGCGCAUUGUAUGCGUCAACAUAACCAUGGAGCGGCGUA